GAGGAGGACCAGAAAUCUGCAGCUCACAGAAUGAAGAGAUCAAAAUGAUGCUGUCUGUAAAAAGGGAUUAAACUCUGGGCGCCACCUCGCAACUAUCGGCUGCUGGUGGAUAAAACAGAUUUGCCACCGGGGGUUGAGAAAGGAGACAUGCCGUCGCUGAGCAUCCAUUGCGACGCUUGACUGACCAUGAUGAAGACCGAAUCCACAUCCAAGAGCACCGGCUCUGGCUCUACGCUCAGGAGCCCAUCCCCGCACAGGAACGCGUACGAGGCGGGGAUGCAGGCCCUGAAGCCCGUCAAAGACAAUGCUGCGAAUGGGGACAUGCAGGAGGGCCCCCGAGGGCGCAGGUACGGCUCCAACGUGCACCGUAUCAAAAACAUGUUCCAGCAGAUGCAGACCACAUCCCCAGCCGAUGCAGAGGGAGAGGACGCCACCAGGAACGCCGACAAAUCGGUGCGCCUCUCCCUCCCCAGAGCCGGGAGCCUGAACGAGAACGUGGACCACAGCGCGCUGUUGAAGCUCGGGUCCACCGUGUCUGAGCGCGUCAGCAAGUUCGACACCAAACCAGAAAACGGGCACCAGCGGGCCUCGUCGCCAAGCUACUCCAAGCUGCAGGAGACACGCCGCAUCUUCGAGCAGCAGCAAGAGAAGCAACAGCAGGAGAAGCUGGCCACCACCAGAGUCCUACUGAAGACAGACAAGGCCUCAGGCUUCCAGGACGGCCGGUUGGACGUGGUGGCUCGUUUCAAUGGCAGCACAGAGUCCCUGGACAGCCUGGACACCAGUGAGGCUGUGUCCCCUACAGUCAGCCAGCUCAGUGCUGUGUUUGAACGGGCAGCCGAGCUCCGGAACAACCUCCACCGCCUCUCCUCUACCCCACCGCUCCCCGCUCGAGGGGUCAGCGCCAAGGUGGGUGUGUUGAACUCCAAAAUAAUCACAAAGAGGGUUAGUGCCUUUGUAGCAGGCAGCCAGGAGGAAGAGCUAAGCUUUCAGAAAGGCCAAGAGGGCCCCAGGGGGAGGGUGACUCCCCCAUCUGAAAGUAUAAAUGGGGGCCAAAGCGCCCUAACUACUGAACUUUCCAGUAAUGUAGGAGAGCCAAAUGAGCAGAGAGAAAAGACUGUUUCAGAUGCAGGUGUUAAGGCCAAAGCUGAGCUCAAACCUGAGGAACACCCCGGGGCCAGUGAGCCUAGCAGCACAUCACUGCAAGGUGACAUCCACAUCUCUGUGGAGAAUGGAGAAGCUGCUGCUCAGAAGCAAAGCUCUCUAAAGGGAGGUGAGAUGGCAAGGGAUGCUGAGGAGGACGACGACAGGACUCUGAGAGACGACCAGUCGGGCCGAGACUCUGUGGAUAUCAGUACCUACAGCGCAGUGGGGGAGGACUUUGGAGGAAGCCAGGUGGACGAAGAGGAAGAUGACGCCGAUGACCGCUACGAGCCUGAGUCCAGCUGUGUGGAGAUUGCUGGGCUGCCUGCAGAGGAGAGCCCGCCUGCUUCCAGGAAGAUCCGCUUCAGCAUGGAUCCCAUCAAGGUGUUUGCCACCUACCCCAACGAGGAUUACGACAGGCGUAAUGAAGACGUGGAUCCCAUGGCAGCAUCUGCAGAGUACGAGCUGGAGAAGAGGGUGGAGAGGCUGGACCUGUUCCCCGUGGAGCUGGAGAAAGAUGGCGAUGGCCUGGGCAUCAGUAUCAUCGGGAUGGGUGCAGGGGCUGACAUGGGCCUGGAGAAGUUGGGCAUCUUCGUUAAGACGGUCACAGACGGAGGAGCGGCACACAGGGAUGGCAGGAUCCAGGUGAACGAUCUGAUUGUGGAGGUGGACGGCACCAGUUUGGUGGGAGUCACCCAGAGCUUUGCCGCCUCUGUACUCAGGAACACCUCAGGAACUGUCAAGUUUGUGAUCGGGCGAGAGAAGCCGGGUGAACAGAGUGAAGUGGCCCAGCUCAUCCAGCAGACCCUGGAGCAGGAACGUUGGCAGAGGGAGAUGAUGGAACAGCGCUACAACCAGUACAUGGAUGAACAAGAGGGUGCUGAAUAUGGCACAGAUGAAGAAGAAGAUGAGGAUGAGGAGGUCAGUCCGCCGUAUCCCAGCGCCAUCGAAGUGUUUGACUUGGCAGAGAACGAGGACAUGUCGCCUCUGGAGACAGACCCUGAGAAACUGGCCCAUAAAUACAAAGAGCUCCAAAUAAAGCAUGCUGUGACCCAGGCUGAGAUCCAACAGCUGAAAAGAAAGCUGCACCAUGCGGAGCAGGAGAAGCAGCGCUGGCGUAUGGAUAAGGCUCAGCUGGAACAGACCCUGCACGAGAACAAGGAGCGCAUGGAGAAGCUGGAGGGCUACUGGAUGGAGGCUCAGAGCCUGUGUCAGGCGGUGGACGAGCACCUGAAGGAGACGCAAGCCCAGUAUCAGGCCCUGGAGCGCAAGUACAGCAAAGCCAAACGCCUGAUCAAGGAAUAUCAGCAGAAGGAGAUUGAGUACCUGAAGAAGGAGACCCAGCGUUGUGCACAAGUUGGGGCUGAGGCCUCCCUUCUCAAAGAGGAGUCUGGACAACUCCAAGAACAGGUGGCUGAUCUGGAGUGCAGGGUCGAGGAGCUGAAAUCGGAACCUUUAUAAAAAAAAA